AGAGGGAGAAUAAUAAUAAUAAUAAAUCGAUGAGAGAGAGUCCAAAAAUAGAGCCCUGGUUCAAAGGCAUUGAUUUGGAUGCAAGAGAGGGCUCUCGCUUUGUUCUUCUGCAAUUUCUAGGGCAAGAUUUUGAUAUGAAGGAGAGCGCCCUCUGGAAAUUAUCUCUUUUUGGAUUUUGGCGAAAGAGGCCUAGGUCUAUGAGAAGCUAGGGUUUUGCAGAAUUGGGUAUUUGAGUGUACAUUAUCUUCUGAAUCUGGUUCAAUGGGCAAUCUAAAGAUUAGACAGCGAGUGCCAAGCAAGGGAGCAGAGGCUACGCUUUUUGCACAACUUACAACUGAUGGUGAGCAUGAGUGUGAGGAGAACAUCCUUAAUGGCGAGGAUUCUGGUCUAGAGUCAGAUGAUUUCACUAUUGCCGAUGUGGGUUGUGAAUUUGCCAUGCUUAGUGAUCAAAUUUUCAGUAUUCCUUAUGAACUCUUUGAUCUCCCAGAUCUAAAGGAAAUCCUAUCCUUAGAAAGUUGGAAUUCAUGCUUAACAGAGGAAGAAAGAUUUUCUCUCUCAGCCUACCUUCCUGAUAUGGACCAGGAAACAUUUAGGCUCACAAUGAAAGAGUUGCUCAAUGGUGAAGACCUAUAUUUUGGCAGUCCUUUAACGGAUUUCUUCAAUAGAUUGAAAGGUGGGUUCUUUCCUCCUCCGGUGACUCAUAACAGAGAAGGGCUCCUCUAUUUACAGAGGAAAUUGCACUAUGUCUCACUGAGAAGAUACCAAGAGCAAAUGUUGGAGACCUUCUUGAAUAUGAAGAAGAAAUGGGAAGAAUGCAGGCCAGGAUUAACUAUUGAGGAAAGGAUUCGAAUUUGGAAUAUAUGCAAGACUGGGUACCCUAGCUCCCGAACGGAUCAUGGGCAAGAGGAUCAAAAGAUGUUAUCUGGAUCUUUUAGCAAUAAAAACAAGCCCAUGAUGCCUUACCCAACAAAUGGAAUGGUGCCCGUUGCUGUAAAAAGUAGUGGUAAGGGAGUUCUAAAACUCAAAACAACAGCAAAUAAUUCCAUACAAACAGGCAUAGAAAAGCUAGAGAUGACUGAUACAAGGCCUCGACCCAAAGGUGUACUCAAAAUAGUACCUCGAGGCCAUCUCACUAGAACUGAACCACCAAGAGCAGUGCCAUUUAAGAGAGAGAAAGGUCCCUUGCCUCCUGCAUUCAUAGUUCCCAAAGAUCCCAGGUGGGGAGGAGAGCUCCUCAAAGAAGAAGACCGCAAUGACGGAAAGAGAUUUUCAGAAGAUUUGCACAACCCAAGGAGAUAUUAUCGUGGAAGUAGUGUAAGGGAAGAGCACUUCUACCACGAUGAACUUUGGGGAGCUCCGACUAAGCAAAAGAAUGAGCUUCACUCAAGCAUAUACAGAUACCCAUCAGAGCCUUAUUGUGAUUUAGAGGAGCAUCAAAUUACUACAUUGCCCCUUGAUAUGGGACCAGUUUUUAGGGUUCGCGGUGAAAGCCAAGGGCACAUGUCGGAAUUUCACAGUGAGGAGCAGCCAGUGUAUUCAAGAAGCAACCAUUUAGUAGACUCUAACAAGUAUUAUGAUAGUGUACCAAGGGCGAAUGACGGGAACUUGCACAAGAAACAGCAAAACCGAAUUUCAGAGGGCCCUGAAGGUGGUUAUGCGCUGCCCAAAAUCUACAAGAGGAAGAAAAGUAGCAGGAACCUUGAGCCAGUGGAUUUUGCAAGGAGGCCGACUGGUUUAGGAGAACCUGAGGAAAUUAACUACCAGCAUGGUGAGAAAGCUAAGAGUGUGAAGAUAAGGAUUAAGAAAUGGAAAGACUAAUGCUCUUGAUAGGCAGUCUCUACAAGAUAUUGCACCUUCAGGGUGAUGAAUACAGCAUAUGGUUGGUCGAAUUCAUUUGAUAAAGGCCUUCACAGAGGUAGCCAUUCUGAUGCCACAUUGAUGGGGAGAUUAUCUUGUUAUAAGCUUUGGAAUGUGAAUUUUGCUGGGUUCUCAUUUGGCGAAGGUUGGAUCUGGAAGCAUAGUAUUGGAAAUGUCUUCGCUCAAUGAUUAGUAGAGCUCUGAUUCAAGAAAUCAGUUUUUGAAGCUAUAUUUUGGUGGUGGAAAGGAAGAAACAUACUAUCUGAAUGAAAGAUUUGCUGUGACUUGAUGAACUCACCGCUCCUUUUCUUCUCUGUAACAGUGCAACACUGUUUUUGGAUACAUGAGCCCCUGCUCUCUGUCUCUCUCCCUGUCUCUCUCCCUCUCUCUUUCUCUCUCACACACACAGAUAUAGUCUGGUAUGGGGUGUAAAUGUGUACAUUACAUGAUGUAUAUGCAGCUGCAUUUUGGAUGACUGGGUAGACGCAACACCAUUGGGUUGCUGUCCUUCCAGUGAGGGUGGCACUGUUCUCUUGUAUUCACUUGACUGGAUUAUCUGUAAAAAUGUUCAAUGAAUAGCUUGUUAACGAGUUAGUUAUGGAAAGCUUCUGACAUAAACAUACAUAACCUUUUGAGAAA